CACCAGACCUCCUCAAGUCCAAAUACCUUGUCGCAUCACGAGCUCCCCCGCAUAGGCAAUUGACACCAUGUUAUCUGGCAUCUUGAUCUUUAACCAGAAGGGGGAAAAUCUGAUCUUCCGCGCUUUUCGCAAUGACUGCCGUCCUCGCCUUGCCGAUGUAUUUCGAAUCCAAGUAAUUAGCAAUGCGCAAGUUAGAUCCCCGAUUCUCACGCUGGGAAGUACGACCUUCAGCCAUGUGAAGCACGAGAAUAUCUACCUAGUAGCGAUUACAAAGAGCAAUGCCAAUGCUGCGCUGGUAUUCGAGUUUCUAUACAGGUUAACAGCGCUGGGGAAAGGGUAUUUUGGGAAAUUUGAUGAGGAGGCUGUGAAGAACAACUUUGUGCUUGUCUAUGAGCUUUUAGAUGAGAUUCUAGACUUUGGAUACCCUCAAAAUACCGAGACCGAUACCCUAAAGAUGUAUAUCACUACGGAAGGAGUCAAAUCCGAACGAACAAUGGAGGACUCGGCGAAGAUCACAAUGCAAGCAACCGGAGCACUGUCAUGGAGGAAAGCUGAUGUCAAAUAUCGCAAGAACGAAGCAUUCGUGGAUGUCAUCGAAGAUGUCAACCUCCUCAUGUCAGCAACGGGCACAGUUCUACGAGCAGAUGUCAACGGCCAAAUUGUGAUGCGCGCAUACCUUUCCGGGACACCGGAAUGUAAAUUCGGGCUGAACGAUCGAUUGUUGCUGGACGGUGACAGUCUAUCUUCUUUGCCAUCAGGAAAUAGAAUGGGCACAAAAGCAACAAAAGCCGCAGCUGGUAGUGUUACACUUGAAGAUUGUCAGUUCCAUCAAUGCGUCAAGCUGGGCAAAUUCGACACGGAUCGAAUCAUUUCUUUCAUCCCUCCGGAUGGAGAAUUCGAAUUGAUGCGAUACAGAGCGACGGAGAAUGUUAAUUUACCCUUUAAAGUCCAUGCUAUCGUCAACGAGGUCGGAAAGACCAAGGUGGAAUACAGCAUUGCUAUCCGAGCAAAUUAUGGCAGCAAGCUGUUUGCAACGAAUGUUAUUGUUCGAGUGCCUACGCCGCUGAACACUGCACGCAUCACAGAGCGAUGUACUCAAGGCAAAGCCAAGUACGAACCAAGUGAAAACAACAUUGUGUGGAAGAUCCCGAGAUUCACUGGGCAGAACGAAUUCGUGCUGAGUGCAGAGGCAACUUUGACAAGCAUGACGAAUCAGAAAGCUUGGUCAAGACCACCGCUGAGUCUCAACUUCAGCUUGUUGAUGUUCACCAGCUCAGGACUGCUGGUGCGAUACCUGAAGGUGUUUGAGAAGAGCAAUUACUCCUCAGUGAAGUGGGUUAGGUAUAUGACAAGAGCGGGUUCUUAUGAGAUACGAUUUUGAUUGUUUUACACGGCGUUGGGUUUUGUAGCGAAGCAUAGCGUAUUACGGGUGUAGGCGCACUGGAAUACUGGGUACAUAAUGCGAAAUCCUUUGAUCUGAGAUACUUCUUACGUGUUGAGAGACUCUCCUUCUACUUAAUCUCUCGAAUAGUGCCUACAUUAACGGGAUGUUAAUCGAUGCGGCAGGCCCUGCUAUUAUCCGAAGCCAAGCAAGAUCCGCAAGAGUUCGCUAAUGAGUCCCUAGAGCAGUUCCGUAUCGCCAAUCGAUGACAUACGGUCUUGCAGCUCCAACGAAUGCAGGGAG